AUGCCGCCUUCUGGGCAGUGUCUGCGCAUGCUGAUCGUGCCGUCGCUUCUGCGCAUCUCCACUCCCAGCCUCGACGCAGCCAACAAGGCUUGCGCUGACGUCUGUGCCCGCAGCAUCCAGGAUUAUGAUGAUGGGGCCAACAUAAAUCCAGGAGCCGUUUCUAGAGUCUCUGCACCAUGUGGUGCUCCUGCCGGGCGAGCAUUCGUUUCCAGCUGGUUUGGGUUGGGACCGCCAGUGCCUGCUGGAGGACCCGAGCGUGGGACUUUGUGCAACGCUUUUUCGAGCUCCACUGCCGCGAAGCGCAGGCGAUGUGCGGCAGUGGUGUACUAG